CUAUGCGAAAUUGAUGAACCAGAUAAUGGAGGGAGCAAGACUGAAAUAGCUGGAGCCCAGGGUCUCUUAACCUGUGUUUGUUUCCAUCAGAAUAUUAGCAUGGGACCGCUGCUGAAACAUUUCGCUUAUCUGAAUUGCUUUGCUAGGGAGCCCUACUUGCGCAGUUGAUUUAACAGAUUUGAAUCGGCCACAAUAAAUUUUUGUACUGUAGCUUCAUGUGGUAAGCUCUUAACCUUGCUCAGCUGUGUCUGUAUGGCAUGUCUAACUGAAAGCUGGUGUAUACUGUUUACAGGGAAAACGCCUAAACAGCAUACAGAGGAGGAAGUAGUUUUGCAGAGAGAUCCACAUCCGACUGACAGCCGUUCUGCAGGGCAGGAGUCUCCACUGAGACAUUCUUUGCAACUGGCGGCUCAAAAUCCUGCCACGAUGAAGCCACUGAAGAACACCAGAGCUGGUGAGUGGCCCCAGCAGACUGAUGAGGAAAAUGAGGAUGUUGGGCUGUUUAUUCCAUUGGAAGAGCAAGAUGGAGAGGAUAUUGAGAGGAGGAAGAAGAAGAGGAAGGCAACCAAACGGAAAAGAGAAGGAAAAAGUCAAGAGGAGGAAGGAUCUUUAUCUUGUGACAUCAAGCUGGAUGAUACCCUUGAUCGCACCUUAGAAGAUGGUGCUAAACAACAUAACCUGACAGUUGUCAAUGUGCGAAACAUCCUGCAUGAAGUGAUCACAAAUGAGCAUGUGGUUGCCAUGAUGAAAGCAGCCAUCAGUGAGACAGAAGAUAUACCUUUGUUUGAACCCAAAAUGACUCGUUCCAAACUGAAGGAAGUUGUGGAGAAAGGAGUGGUGAUUCCAACGUGGAAUAUUUCUCCAAUCAAGAAGGCAAAUGAGGUAAAGCCGCCUCAGUUUGUGGACAUUCCUCUUGAGGAAGAUGAUUCAUCUGAUGAAGAGUACCAGCCUGAAGAUGAGGAUGAGGAUGAGACUGCAGAAGAGAGCUUAUUGGAAAGUGAUGUAGAGAGCACGGCCUCUUCCCCUCGGGGAGCGAAGCGAUCUAGGACAAGGCGAUCCUCUGAUGAAGAGGGAGGGACGCUCUGUGAGACAGAGAAGGUUACUACACCUGUUGUUAGACAUAUUAGUGCUGAAGUAGUUCCCAUGGGACCUCCACCACCUCCUAAACCAAAGCAAAGCAAAGACAGCACGUUCAUGGAGAAACUGCAUGCAGUGGAUGAAGAAUUGGCCUCAAGCCCAGUAUGCAUGGAUUCCUACCAGUCUCUGGAAGACAGCCUCAUUGCCUUCCGAACCCGAUCAAAGAGACCGCUGAAGGAUGUUCCUCUUGGUCAGCUGGAGGCUGAGCUCCGAGCCCCAGAUAUUACGCCAGAUAUGUAUGACCCCAAUACUGCAGACGAUGAGGAAUGGAAAAGGUGGCUUGGAGGACUCAUGAAUGAUGAUGUGGAGAAUGAAGAUGAAGCAGAUGAUGAUGAUGACCCUGAAUACAACUUCCUGGAAGAUCUGGAUGAACCAGACACAGAAGACUUCAGAAAUGAUCGUGCUGUGAGGAUUACCAAAAAGGAAGUGAAUGAACUGAUGGAGGAGCUGUUUGAGACAUUUCAGGAUGAGAUGGGUUUUUCAAACAUGGAGGAUGAAGGUCCAGAAGACGAAGAUAAUGUCACAGAGUCACGGCCAAAUUUUAAUACACCACAGGCACUUCGAUUUGAAGAGCCUCUGGCCAAUUUACUGAAUGAACAACACCGGACAGUGAAGGAACAACUUGAGCAGUUGAGAAUCAAGAAGUCUUCAACCAAGCCACCACAAGAGAUAGAGAAAUCAAAACCUCAAAAUGAGAAGCCCCUCCAAAGCCUUGUUCUGGACAGUAUGCAAAGAAAGAGGCUCCAGCAACAAAUGCAGCAGCAUGUUCAACUUCUGACUCAAAUCCAUCUUCUUGCAAGUUCCAACCCUGCUUUAAAUUCGGAGGCCAGUACCACCAGGAUGUUUUUGAAUGAGCUUGGUAACUUUGCUCGCAGCUCUACGCUCCUCCGUCAGUCAUUCAAUCCUAAGUUUCAAACAAUGUUCCAGCCAUGUAACUUGAAGGGAGCGCUGCAGCUCAUUGAAGAUUUUCAUGCCCAAGUCCAAGUUGACUGGAGUCCUCGCAAAGCUGUGAAAAAGAGUGCCAAUGAAUUUCCAUGUUUGCCAAAGCAAGUGGCAUGGAUUUUGGCAACAAGGAGAGUCUUUAUGUAUCCAGAGUUACUGCCAAUAUGUUCCUUGAAAGCAAACCCUCCCCGGGACAAGAUUAUCUUCACCAAGGCAGAGGACAAUUUGUUAGCUUUAGGUUUGAAACACUUUGAAGGGACGGAUUUUCCAAAGCCUUUGAUCAGCAAGUAUCUCUUGCCAACAAAAACUGCCCACCAGCUGACAGUGCGAAUCAAGAAUCUCAAUAUGAAUCGAGCCCCUGAUAAUAUCAUCAGAUACUAUAAAAAGACAAAGCAGUUGCCCAUUCUGUUCAAGUGCUGUGAGGAGAUCCAGCCUAAUGAGUGGAAACCACCUGUGGAGAGAGAAGAACACCGCCUGCCAUUUUGGCUAAAGGCAAGCUUACCCUCCAUUCAAGGGGAAUUGAAGCAGUUAGCAGAAGAUGCCAGGGAGAUGCCAGGUUCACCUGAUGCGGAAUCUGUCUUUUUGGGGACAGAGAAGGAGACUUCAGACACAGAAUGUGAUGAAAAAUACCCUCUGCUCAUGCCAAAGGGACUAGUACUGACCUUAAAGCCCCUCGCCAAUCGAUUCUCUAGGAGAGCAUGGAGAAGGCAAAGGACUUCAGCUCUGAAACCUGUCCUCGUUCGACCGAGUCCUUCUGUGCAGCCCAGUUCCACCCCUGUGAACAUCCAGAAAACUGUGAAGUCGUCCCAGUCAGAAGCUCCUCCCAGCAAAGUUAGGGUUCAAACUCCUCGGUUAAUCCAGCCAGCUACAGUUAGGCAGACUGUACCAGGAGUGCCACCUUUGAAUGUGCCCACAGUGGUAGGAAGUGGGGACGGCUUGGAAUUUCCGAAUGUGCUCUCCACUUCACAUUCGGACUCCAGGCAAUCUUUUCCAGCUGCUGUACCACAAGCCCUAGUGUCCUCAAGUCCUGUAACUUUGCAGCCGAAACUGAUGUUGCCAGCUUUGGCCGGACCAAAAAUCCGCAGACCUGGUGUUCGCAAGGUAUACCAGAAGAAAAAAGGGGCAAAAUCUGCCCCGUUGAUGAAGACUUCACCUUUGAUUCAGUCAUCUCCUGUCAUCCUUACUGUACCUGCCACCACAGUGAAAGUGGUUAAUAUAGGCAAUGGCUGCAAUAUGAUUCAACCCAUAAAUACAGCAGUUGGUAGAGGCACUCAGGCUAUUCCAGUUACAACCUUAUUGGUAAAUCCAUCCACUUUCCCAUGUCCGUUAAAUCAGCCUCUAGUGACUUCUUCAAUCCCUUCAUUGAUAGUCUCUCCUAACCCUGUUGGUCUUCCGACAUCAUCUGUUGUUGAAAAUGAAGAACAGCUGAAUCUGGCUCCUUCCUGCCCUGCUGUAAAUAACAAAAAUGCCUAUCCUAUAGUUGAGCCCAAGGUUGAGCCCCAAGAGUUGUUCGUUUCGUGCUCAGCUGUCUCCCCCAAGAAGGAACGUAGUACAACCCCUGCCACUGCAAAUAACGGCAGCCAGGAGAAGGUAAAUAAGAGCGACUGCUGUAGCUGGACAGUGGUAGAGAUGGGGGAGGAAAACGCCUCAGAGCCAUUGUCUGUGGGCCUUCUGCCUCAUUUAGAAGAUCCAGAUGAAGCAGUGAAAAUUGAACCUGAAGAUUCAAAUGAUGCUAUCAAGGAAGUAAAUCCGAUAGCGAAGAAGGAUCUUUUAUGUGCUGAAGUGAAGCAUGUUCGUCCAAACGAGCUGAAAGAAGUAAAAAAAGAGUGUACAUCAUGCGAAGAGAAGAGAGAAGAGGAAAGACGGGAUUUGCAGUCACCCUCCCAUGAUGAACAGCAGAUGGAUGCAGGCAUUGUUGCUGGACCACAAGUAAGCAGUGAGUCUCCUAAGAAUCAUUCAUACGCAACAGAUAUUGAAGCAGAAUUUAGUAGCCCACUAGGAAAACCAGAGGAUUCGUCCAGUAUGGAUGGCCAGUCUGUUGGGACGCCAGCUGGUCCUGAAGCUGGAGGAGAGAAAGAAGGACAAGAGGAGGAGGAGGAGGAAGACUUUGAUGAUUUUACACAAGAUGAGGAUGAAGAAAUGUCAUCAGCUUCAGAAGAAUCUAUUCUCUCUGUGCCAGAACUUCAGGAGACAAUGGAAAAACUUACUUGGCUUGCAACAGAGAGACGUUUAAGCCAAGAAGGAGAUUCUGAAGAAGAGAAUUCUCAGGAAGAGAACUCUGAGCCGGAGGAAGAGGAGGAGGAGGAAGGGGACGGAAUAGAGAGUUCACAGAAAGAUGAUGAAAUAUCUGGAGAUAUAUCAGAGGAACCUAAAUCUGCCUUCACGUUGACAAAGACAGCCCCACAGGUAGAAGCUAACAGAAUGCCACCAGGAGAGAACAUGAAAGUCCCUGGGAAGAGCAGGAGCUCCCACAGAACCAGAAAUAAGAGGGGACGGACUCGUGCAAGCAAAGAUACCUCUAAGCUGCUCCUUUUGUAUGAUGAAGACAUCCUGGAGAGAGAUCCCCUGCGGGAACAGAAAGAUCUGGCAUUUGCACAAGCCUAUCUAACCAGGGUGCGUGAAGCCCUGCGGAAUGUUCCUGGAAAGUAUGAAGACUUCCUUCGCGUUAUCUAUGAGUUUGAGAUUAGCACUGACAAGCGAACAGCUGUAGAUCUCUAUUCCACUUUGCAGAAACUGUUGCAUGAGUGGCCACAGUUGCUCACAGAUUUUGCUGCCUUUCUUUUACCAGAACAAGCUUUGGAAUGUGGACUGUUUGAAGAGCAGCAAGCGUUUGAAAAAAGCCGGAAGUUCCUCAGGCAGCUGGAGAUCUGUUUUGCUGAAAAUCCUGCCCAUCAUCAAAAGAUCAUCAAAGUUCUGCAGAGUUGUGCAGACUGCCUCCCCCAGGAGAUUGCAGAGCUGAAGACCCAAAUGUGGCAACUCUUGAAAGGACAUGACCACUUGCAGGAUGAGUUCUCCAUUUUCUUUGAUCAUUUACGCCCCUCAGCCAGCCGCAUGGGAGACUUUGAGGAGAUCAGCUGGACAGAAGAGAAGGAAUAUGAGUUUGAUGGGUUUGAAGAAGUGUCUCUACCAGAUGUAGAAGAGGAGGAUGAACCACCCAAGAUGCACGCAGCCUCAAAAAACAAGAAAAGGAAAGAGAUUGGAGGCCAGAGCAAUGACAAGGAGGUCGAGUGGGUAGAUGGAGUGAAGGAAUGUUCGUGUUCCUGCCAUGAAGGGAGUAGCGAUCUCAAGCUCAAGAAAAGCAAAAGGAGGACCUGCAGCCAUUGUAGUAGUAAGGUGUGUGAUAGCAAGUUUUAUAAAAAUAAAGACUCUCAAGAGCUGACGGUUAGCCUCAUUCAACAAGAGUCAAGCCUGCAGCCUGAAGGGAAGAAUUCUGGAAUGUCUAAGGAACCUUUAGAAGAAAGCUCGGAGAACAGAGAUGAGGGAGAGGAUAUCCAAGGCAGAACAAAGACCGCAUCUAGGAAAGUGGACUCUCUGGUUUCAGGAUCUCACCUAGAGAGAGGAAGAUUCCUAGAAGGAAAGAUCGUCUCCUGCAGAUAUGCAUCUUCUGAAAAAGCUGUGUUGCCUGAUAACCAAGUCCUUCGAGAAGGAGAUGCCAGUGCUGGGGUGAAUACUGCAAAGGAUAGUCGUUCUUGCAUCGCUGGCCCUGGAUGGACGGAUCUACAAAAAGCUACUCUAAAACUACCUCAAGAAACUAAAGACAGCUCUUGCGCUGUAGGAAGUGACAGUGAGGGACUAAACCAGCGACAUCAAGGAAAUGCAAAUACUUCUUCCCUUGGGCUGGGUGGAGAUCUGCUGUCUUCUCAUCCUGCUGCAGUAAAAGGUUUAGCAGGACCUAGUUCAUCUUCUGGAAAUAGUUUAUAUCAGACUGAAGGGCUUCAUUCCAGUUCAUCAGAUGAGCUUGCUGUUUUUGGUCACGCUUCAAAAUUAGGCAUGAGAGAAUUGGAGAGAUCACCUUUGCCUUUGGAAGGAAAAUCUGAAGCAAAGCAGAGCUGCAUUACACCAGGUAGAAAACCAGCACUGGGUAAGAGCUGCCGCUCACAGUCCCCUGAUAAUCACAACGUCCUUUUGGAAGCAGAUGGUCUGGGCUGCACUGGAGGCUCUCCUGAGAGCAGAUUAAAGUCAAAUACAAAUGACUACUUCCAGGCACAAGAGCAUUCUGAGGAGCUAGAAUACAGAGUGCUUGGUGCCUCCUUGGGGCAAAGGGAAGAGGAGCAGCAACAGCAGCGAGUCACAGAAGCAACAGUGUGCGCUAAGAACAGCAAAGUCAGCUCUACUGGGGAGAAAGUUGUCCUCUGGACCAGGGAGGCUGAUAGAGUCAUUCUCACUACGUGUCAGGAGAAAGGAGCCCACCUGGAAACCUUCCAUGCCAUCUCACAGAAACUGGGCAACAAAACCGCUAGUGAGGUAUCCCACAGGUUCAGAGAACUGAUGAAGCUGUUUCAUACAUCUUGUGAUGGAAGCUCUGACGAUGAGGAAGAUGCAACUAGUACUAGUAACACAGACCAGUUGUCAGAUAAAGAUCUUCUGCUUUCUGAGGAAGAACCAGAUGACUAACACUUUUCUGGCCUAAUAAGCUGCUGACUACAUCAGAAGAGGAGCUGUUUGCCAGUUUGCUGCUAGACAAGUGCUGUGGUUAAAGGAAAAAUAUUUGCACAGGUACUUAAUACAGCCCCUUUUAUGAGUUCACUCUCCAGCCACGCUUGUGACAAGCCACAGUUCUAAAUCUGUAUUGAACUAAAGGAGUGAAGAAAGUUGUGAGGGUUAACACGCUUUAGAACCUAUAUGGGUAACUCUAACUUAAUCACAGAAGUGAGACUCGUGGACAUUGACCUCAGUCUGUGGUAAAGAACUUGACCAAACAGCCUUUUGCAGCAUAUGCAAUAGAGAACAUGUAAAUAUUGUAUAAUAAGAUGUCUGUUUUCAUGUGGAGCAAACACCUGAGGUUUGUUUUUUUGUAAAUUUCUCCUUGUGUUGAUUAUGUGUGGGAAAGUUGCGACCUGAAA